AUGUCAAAUGAACUGCAAAGGCGAUUUGAGGAGACUGUGGAUGCUAAAGAUAUUCACAUACACCUACAAGAGUUGUAUGGUGCACAGACUCGUUCAGUCAGGCAUGCGACUGUCAAGGAGCUCAUGACGGCUCGUAUGCGAGAUGGGGCUUCGGUCCAUGAGCAUGGAGUCAAGAUGAUUGGGCUUAUUGAAAAGUUAUUGAACCUUGACUUGGUUAUUUCACACGAGCUAUCGACAUACAUCAUAUUGUUGUCUCUCCCCUCCUCAUUUGAUAAUUUUGUGGUUAAUUUCAAUAUGAAUAAGCUAGAGGUUGCCCUUGAAGAGCUAGUCAAUAUGCUUGCAAAUUAUGAAACAACCAUGAAAAAGAAAAAAAUUUAUUUUCCUUGUGGGUUCAUCUUUUGGAUCCAAGAAAGGACCAAAGAAAAAGGGAAAGAAGCAUUCUGCCCCUAUGAAGAAGAUUAA